AUGAUGCAACGCCUUCUUCUGUCCGUCGCUAUUCUUUUGCUUCAGCUGCCAUUGCAUAUCUUCGCCGGUGCAGGUUGGGCUUCCAAGUUGGAGAGGCGGAAGCUGGGCCUUGCCGAGGACUGGGAAAUCAGUCUUCAGGAGGAUACGGACGAUGAUGAAAGAGUGGCCCACCUGGAUUUUACACAUGGAACUGGUGGAGUGGCCAGUUACAGGAUCUAUGGAGACCCAAACUUUGACCCCUCCACUGGUCUUACUGGGGGGACUUGUAAAACUUCAGGUGGUAUUCAGCAGGCACUUCCCACCACUGGUUUGACGGUCACCCCCACAAUUGGAGAAACAGAAUCGCACCUGAGCAUCUCUGUUGACAAGGGAACUAUUGCAGGCAACACAGACAUCCACAAAGACACUAUUGACCGAGGCUCUGUUACCCAAUUCUGUGUGUAUUUCUUCUUGUCCAAUGCGGAUGCAGAAGGAAAUUUUGUGGAGAUCGAGAUUCGAUUCAUCGAACAACAAGAUGGAUCAAUCACCCUGACUAGUUUUGAACCUACCAGAGCUGCCCCUGUGACGCGAGAGUUCACUUCAUCGUUUGGAUUGUCUGCAGAGAUCUGUAAUGUUCCCUCAAGCCAAGGUGAAGUUGUUUCGGUCUGCAUAACAUCAUCUGACGCACUAGUCUCGAUAGCAUCAGUUGAUUCCUUUCAGUUCGCAACAUCUGAUGAAAGUGUGACGCAGAUUGCCUUCUCAGGAGGCAUUGCAAGCAGUCUGACUGAGAUUGAGGCAAAUGAUGGUUCCUAUUUCAAGUUCAACACUGUGCUCAAGGCUGACUUUUAUCUAGGACCAACAAGCACAGUCAUCGGCACGGGAAAUUGCAUCCUAUCAACAGGCGGCGGCAGGUUUCUCGCGGAGAACUCCAGCCAAGAAGAUUCCGAAGACGAGAUACCGAUUAAUCUUGCAUUCACGAUUGGCGGUCGUCAUGAUAUUCCGGUAGAUGGGGACGAAGAAGAGACCGAGCGCACCGUGUACAUUGAAUCAAGACAGGCCGAUCUCCCAAUGAUCGUGAUGGUGGUUGCCGCUUUGGGAGUGUCUUUGUUUGCUUCAGCAGCUGCGCUCGUCGCGGUCUGUCUUGUUCUUGGCCGCAACCGCACCUCGAGCAGUGACAAGAAGUUGUUGAAGGGGCACGUGGACGUGGAUACGACCGACAAUGAAUCGUGUGUCAUGAGUGAACGUUGGUUAUAA